CGGGUGUCGGCGCCAUGGGGGGCGUGGUCUCCAGUUACCUGGACGAAGGGAAGCGGGAGAUCAUUACAGGUGAGAUCAUGACAGAGAGGACCAGGGCGGUGAUGGUGGCCUUCGCUCCCCUCUAUGAGCAGCAGUAUGCAGUCGCUCUGUUCAACCACGUCCGCUUCGACAUCGAGGGAGGAGGAGGAGGCCCUCAAGCCCAGCUGCUGCACCGCAAGGUUCCUCUGGAGAACAAGUCCAUCUUCUCCGGGUCGCUCUCUCAGCAUCUGGAGAACAAGAAGUGGAGGAGCCGCUUCCUCCUUGUUCCAGACUCCUACACCAUCAGCCUCUACGACAGCAAGGCGGCUUAUGACCGGCGCCUCCAGCCCAGAGGGAGCGUCCACUGUGCUGGAUACACAGUGCUGAGCUCUGUGGAAGAAUAUCUGGAGCUCUGCAGCAACAUCCUGCCUGGGACCGACGCUCUGGACGGAGGUCCCCCCUCCCUGAAGGGGCCCGGCCGGUUCCCCCUGCUGCUCUGGCACCCGUACGCCCGGCACCUCCUCUUCACUGCCGCCUCGCAGGAGGAGCAGAGCAGCUGGCUGGCCGUGCUGCAGGACUGCGUCCGCCACGCCAACGACGGUUUGUCGGAGGAGGAUAAAGUUCAGACGCCAGCGUUCACGGACGCGGUCCGACUCUACCGCCAGGCUCAAGGGCACUACGGCACCUGGGAGAUGAUGUGUGGUGGAGCGGCUCAGAUCCUCUGCAACCUGGUGAUGGAGGACCUCCUCCCGGAGCUCAGGGAGCUCAUCUCCCCUCGACUCAAAGGGAAGCCCCACGAGAGGCUCAGGCACUGGAUGCUGGUCAGGGAUGCGGUCUACAGCCUGGUGCAGGGCCAGUGCCAGGCCCACUAUGAGGCAGUGGUACAGAAGUGUGAGGCGGCCAGCUCUUCUCUGGAGGCCUCCAUACGAACAGACAUGGACCAGAUCAUCACCGCCAAGGACCACGUCACCAACAAGAUCCGAGAGGUGGUGCUCCCCAAGGCGGAGAAGCUGCUGAAGGUGAGCAUCCAGCCCUACAUCAGCUCCGUCCUGGACGCCCUGAUGGAGCCCACCAGCCGAGGCUUCUCCGAGGUCCGCCAGCUGUUCUUCAGAGAGCUGGUGGACCUGAGCAAGAACACCCUGAACCAGGGCUCCAAGGAAGUGGUGGCGCAGCACAUGGAGAAGAUCUCCGUCCUGGCCUUCCACCCCGUGAAGAUGCAGAGCUGCUAUGAGAAGGUGGAGCCGCUGAGUCUGGAGGGUCUGCAGCAGAGAUUUGACGUCUGCAGCCCCUCAGUGUUCGUCCAGAGGGCCCAGAUCCUCAUGAGACAGCACAUGGACCAUGCAGUCUACACAUUCGAGCAGAUCCUCCACCAGACCCUGGAGCCUCAGGGCCCCAACGAGCUCUGCCAGAGCAUCCAGCGCUGCCAGGACCGGGUCAUGAAGAAGUUUGACUUCGACAGCAGCAGCGUGAGGAAGCGGUUCUUCCGCGAGGCUCUGCUCCAGAUCUUCACCCCCUACAUGCUGAAGCAGCUCCGGCCUUGCUGCGCCUCGGAGCUGCCGCGCUUCCAGGAGCUGAUCUUUGAGGACUUCUCCCGCUUCAUCCUGGUGGAGAACAUCUUUGAAGAGGUGGUGCUGCACUCCAUCAUGAAGGACAUCACCAUGGCGGUGAAGGAGGCGGCGCUCCAGAGGAGGCACCACCUGUACCGGGACAGCGUGGUGCUCAGCAGCAGUGACUCCGCCCUGCAGCUGCUGGGAGGCCCCGCCCCCAUCGACUGGGCCGCGGAGGCCGGAGCGCCCCGGGAGGAGCUGGGCGGAGCGGGGGGGGACGCCCAGAGGAGGAGGAGGGUGAAGCAGGUGGUGUCCAUGAUCCAGGUGGAAGGCUCCCCGGUCCUGUGUGUGGAGGGUCCAGAGGAACCGGGUCAGAACAGAGUCCCGGUGGAGGUCCAAUCUGCUCCAGCCAAAGAGGAGGAAGGUGGGGGAGGGGCCAGCCAGUGGAUGGAGGAGGAGCCUCCUUCCAACCAGGAAGUGUCAGAGGAGGCAUGUCCACCACCAGAGGAACUCUUAUCUGGAGCUCCAGAGAGCCUCCCGGGGGCCACCACGGAGGCCCCCAGGCCCCCACAGGGAGACAGUGGCUUCCUGUCUCCCACCUGUGAAGGCUGAGGACCAGGAUGUGACCCACAGCUCUGAGGCCAAGACCUCAGACCCUCAGACCAGAGGCCAAGACCUCAGACCCUCAGACCCUCAGACCAAGACCUUAUUGUUUUAUUAAGACAUCUUCAGACUUCCUAGUUUCGAGUAGGUGGGCGUAACAAUGUUUUAGGAGUUUAUUCCUUCACAGUAAACCUGUGUACUCGUGUAUAAAUACUGUCAUUUGACAUGUUUUGUGAUUUUAUAUUAAUUAAUAAUUGCCUUUGCUGAUCCUCCCUUUAUUUAUUAUCUGCACUUCUCUUUUUUGUCAUUUUAGAAAUCUUAUUGCGUGAUUCAAAACUUAUUGAUAUAAAUCAUUAUUGAUUAUU